AUUCCACUUUUCUCCUGAGAAAAGGGCCUAGGGGUGGCUUGCGUCAUUAAAACCCACAAUAGAGAGAUUGAUGAUGCUUGAACGUUGGAACCCUUUUCUUUGAGGCCAGGUUUGGUACAGAUACCUUCCACUCUAAAAUUAAAGUGAGUUGUGUCGGUCCUUUGGGAGGAGGCAGGCAGGGAUGCUGGGGCCGGACGAGAGCAUACAUCCCUGCGCCAUACUGAUCCCGUUUGCGGAAGGAGGGAGGCUCCUCCUCCUGUAAGGCAUCAUCAGCUCCCCUUCUAGGCUCCUCUUCCCCUGGACCGAGGCCUUUUGGGGUAGAAGGUGGGUGUCGAAGGAGGCUCAGCAUUCUUGCCCACAGGAGGGAGCCGUUUGUCAGAGGCCGCUAGACUUCUCAGCUAACUUCGCUCGGCUGUUUUCUGGGUCGCAUCCUUUAUUCUAAUUUAAGAGCAGGAAGAGAAAGGAGGAUUUGAUGUUUUGUGUGACUCCCGUGGGAAUAGGACCCAUCAUGAACAUCACGAAAGGCGGGCUCGUGCUGUUCUCGGCCAAUUCCAACCCAUCGUGCAUGGAACUAUCGAAGCGAAUCGCAGAGCGGCUGGGAAUCGAGAUGGGCAAAGUCCAGGUAUAUCAGGAGCCAAACCGAGAAACCAGAGUUCAGAUCCAAGAAUCUGUCAGGGGGAAAGAUGUCUUUAUCAUCCAGACGGUUUCAAAGGACGUGAACACCAUCAUCAUGGAGCUGCUGAUCAUGGUCUACGCCUGCAAGACCUCCUGUGCCAAGAGCAUCAUCGGGGUGGUCCCCUACUUCCCUUACAGCAAGCAGUGCAAGAUGCGGAAAAGGGGCUCCAUCGUCUCCAAGCUCCUGGCGUCGAUGAUGUGCAAGGCGGGCCUGACCCACCUCAUCACCAUGGAUCUGCACCAGAAGGAAAUCCAGGGCUUCUUCAACGUCCCCGUCGACAACCUGAGGGCCUCUCCCUUUUUACUACAGUACAUUCAAGAAGAGAUUCCAGACUACAGAAAUGCUGUGAUCGUGGCCAAAUCGCCAGCCUCUGCUAAAAGGGCACAGUCUUUUGCUGAGCGCUUAAGACUGGGUAUCGCCGUGAUCCAUGGAGAAGCUCAGGAUGCCGAGUCUGACCUGGUAGACGGGCGCCAUUCCCCCCCGACAGCCAAAAGUGUUGCUGCCAUUCACCCGAGCCUCGAGAUACCCAUGUUGAUUCCGAAAGAGAAGCCUCCCAUCACGGUUGUCGGAGAUGUAGGCGGAAGGAUAGCCAUCAUCGUGGAUGACAUCAUAGACGACGUGGACAGCUUUCUGGCAGCCGCCGAGACGCUCAAAGAAAGAGGGGCCUACAAGAUUUUUGUCAUGGCCACGCACGGCCUUCUUUCCUCGGACGCUCCCCGGUUGAUAGAGGAGUCUGCGAUUGAUGAGGUUGUGGUCACCAACACCAUCCCCCAUGAGAUCCAAAAACUUCAAUGCCCCAAAAUUAAGACCGUAGACAUCAGCAUGAUCCUUUCGGAGGCCAUACGCAGGAUCCACAAUGGGGAAUCCAUGUCGUACCUUUUCAGAAACAUAGGGCUGGACGACUGAUCGCCUCCCGAGAGGCUCGGAGACGGAAACGAUUAUUUUUCAGGGGCCAAAACUGGACGGGUGCAGAAAAACCAAGCUGUGAAGCGUUGUGGCUUAAAUUUUGUAUUUCAAUUGAUCCCCUUCUGUUCUCUUGCUCCUUCCCUCUUUCCCGCCACACCCCUGGGUUUUAAAUUUAGUGGAUGAAAUUCCUGGAGCUGUUUUCUUAGCAGUUUUUAAAAGGGGGGAAGGGAGGGGUGGCUUUGUCAAAAGAAAAGAAAAGAAAACUUCAGAUGUUCUAGUUGCGGAUAGAUUUACAUGUUCUGUUUGUUGAGGAGACCGAUUUAAGGGUCUUUUAUCAGGGGCCGCAUGGCACUGAACCGGAGUAACCCUCCUCCUUCCUACAUUCUGAAGAAUGCUUUCCUUCUUUGAAGAGCCAGGCGGGCAGGAGAAUAUUGGCAUCCUCUAGGAAAUAGCGCUGUCUUCUUCCAUGGACAGCAGUUCGAAAUGUGGAAUCGUUUUAACCGGUCCAAGGUGUACACACCAUUCCUGCACGACCCGGUACGGUGGACCUCGCCUGCCUCGGUGCCAAAAAACAAGCUUUCUGUCACGACAUCCAGGGGAUAAAGAAAAGUUUGUGUGGAUGCUUAAUUUCCAUGAAGUUUUGACCAGGAUACCUCCUGAUUAUGGAUGCCUUAGGACGGCAAUGCACUUGCGCCCACAGGGUGCAAAAGGCCACGGGGUCCGACGUGGGACGACCUUUCUCCUGCCUGCAGCCUCCCAACAGCUUGCUUUUAACAAGUGCUUCAGUAACGUUAAAAAACCAACUACUCUAUACAGUUUGCCUCUGACGACCCAAAAAGGGGUGGAGUGGGGGGAUAAGGCACGCCGUUGUACGCGGUUCAGUCACCGUGUUUUUUUGGGGGGGUUAGUGUUUUUUUUUUUUUUUGUAGCAGUGCUUUUAUAGAGAAAGCAUAUGGAAUAUGCAUUGGUAUUUAUUUUCUGCUGCAAGAGGAAUAAAAGAGUUUGUUUUUGUGUGA